GUUUAGAAAUUUUCUCGUUGUUUGUUUCAAAUCCAUUAAUUGUAUCGAAUGUUGUAAUCCUUUGCAAUUCCUGUUAUGAAGUCAACUACUAAAAUAAAAGAAUCCUAAUAAAGGAAUUUCUGUUAUUGUAGAAUGAGUCAAGAAUCCGCCCACGGACAAGGCAACAAUGAACACGUCAGUGUUCAUACUGAAGCAUCUAGUUUCACCACUCCCGUCCAAAAUGAACCCGUCAAUCAACAAAAUGUUGAGAAUAACCCAAACGGUGGUGGUCAACCCGACCUUGUGAUUCCAGCAUUUCUAGCUAAUGUGUUGCAACAAAUAGCCAACGCGCCAAUGUUUCAACCACCUCCACCACCGCCACCUCGAGUGAUAACCUACAAAACGCUAAGAGAUAACGGUGCAGAUUUAUUCCUUGGGGAUCGCAUCGGUGAACCCCAGAUUGCGUGGGACUGGAUCAAGCAGACUGCCCGAGUGUUGGAAGAUCUCAAUGUACCCAUGGACAAUUACCCCAGAUUGGCUUCUCAAUUGCUUCGAAAGGAAGCCUACGAGUGGUGGAAAAGGACGGAUGAGAGUGCGGGAACCCCUAAGCCGUGGACAUGGGCACAUUUCGAAUGGGCAUUCAAGAAGAAACUUCGACCUGACCUCAGGUCACGUGUAUCCAUUCUAACCACUGUGGAUUUCGCGGAGGCCUACGAUCUCAUUGCCAGGGCAGACAGCGACUUGAGUGCUUGUAUUGAGUAUCUGAAGACAAAUAAUGUCAGCUCAAACACUCACCGUCCCACCGGCUCUGCCUCAAAAGGGAAAAGGCCCUUUCAAGAACCUAGCAAUUCACAUUUCUCUAAAAAGGGAAAAUCUGUACAAACUCAGUCGAUGGCAUCCGUUGAUAAGUCCAAAAAGCGGAGGUAUCCAGCUUGCGAGCAUUGUGGAAGGAAUCACCCUGGAGAAUGCUGGCUUAAGCAAGGGUUGUGUCUCGGCUGUGGAAAACCAGGACACUUUCGAAAGGAGUGCCCUACAAACCCUGGAGAACCGUAUCCACCUGCCCCUGUUGUUAGUCAAGCAGCAUCGGCACGACCCGCACCAAGUCAACGCUCAACAGCGGGGUCUAAUCCAGCCAAGAAUCAGAACCAACAACAAGGACGAGCUCCUGCUCGUACAUAUGCAAUGAAAGCACGAAUUGAGGAGAGCCCUGACGAGGAGCGCACCCGCUUUCUCACCUUCUUCUCCAAGCGGGUUGUGGCUCUUCUGCGGAUUGUCCCGGAGCGCCUACCGGAGAUGCUCGGCUACGACUUCCUUGAUGUGCAGCUCCACCAAAUCGGGCUAUGGCCGUUUGUCUCCAAGGCCCGGAAGGAGAUCAACCCGGCACUGAUUCAGGCCUUCUACUCAAAUCUCCAGCGUGAGGACGACGUCAUCUACAGCCUCGUCAAGUCCACGCCGAUCGAACUCAUUGUGGAACGACUUGGGCGCAUCGCCGGCCUCCCCUACCAAGGCGACGACAUCUCCACCUAUGGCGGAGAAGAUUGGGUCUGUAACACCCGCCUCCCGCGGACCCGGUUCACCCGCGACCCAACGGACCGGUAGGGUUACAUGGGCGGUCCGAGAACCAUCCGUAGCGAAAAGAACAUUAAUGUCUAAUUAUUAUGAAAAACGGUUGGGCUUAAUUGGUGAAUUAAAUGCUAGGGAGUUAACCCCAAAACGUGUGUGAUAUAAAUGCAGAGUAAAAGCGGAAGUAAAUAAAUAAGUCCAAAAUAAGUAAAACGACAGAUGGUGG